UUGGUAAUCGUGGUUUUCAGCGACGAAGGUUUCGAGGUCACGUUGAAGACUUACGCCAUUGUGUCAGGACUUUUUCAGACUUUCUACGCUUUAGGCGCAUUCGUCGGAUCAACCGGAGGCAGCAUGCUGACCGACUGGCUCGGCUUUAAUUGGGCGGCAACGUGCAUUGCUGUGUUAAACGUGAUUCAGGUAGUUAUUUUUAUCUUCGAGUGCUUUCCUCACUUCCAAGUCGAAGCAUGUAAAACAUUACUUAUGCCUGUAAAUUUGAAAGUAAAUUGUAUUUACGAUUUAUAUCUUUUGCUGAUUUUCAGUCAAAUAUCAGACGGGUCAGGGGAAUUUAGUUAUCAUAACUUGUACGCGUUAAACAACAUGACCGUAUCUCUCACUGUCUGGCAUAUUCACAUCUGAAC